GCACGCCAUUAUAGGUGUAGCAUUCCACACAAUUUAAUGGCUCUUGCACCCAGAUCGCGACUCUGCCCCUGCUGAGCCUGCUCCCUCGUAUUCACUAACAAACGGAAUCACUUUACUCAAAGGCCAUGAUCAAAUAUUUUUCGCAGUAUUCUCCUAUUGAUUUUGUCGACGACGAGAACCUAUCUGGUGGUGCAGAAAGGUUCGGUACGAAAUCUCGUCCCAAGUCACGUACUCGUCGCCUGUGGUUGUCCCAUGGCGUACUUAUUUGCACAUCGAUUCUCUCUUUUGCGCUAUGGAUGCGUACACCUUCGACUGAGCUGCUCAACGACAUUCCCAGUAUAUACUCUCCAGCAAGUGUUGCUGUUGAGCCCGUCACUCUAAGGGUAAACGGAUCCUUCGAGUUUCCUUCUAUCUAUCGUGGCCCCCCUUCCCCAGAAAUUGACGCCACUUGGAAUAGGAUAACUCGUGAUGUGGGACCAACUCGAAUGACCCGUGAGGAGAUGCUCAAAGCAGGCACAACUUUGACAGAAUUGCGCUCGAAAGUCAGAUAUCCGGACAAAGUUGGUGGGGGGUACAUGGCCUCUAUGGAAGUCAUCCACCAAUUGCAUUGUGUGAACUUGAUCCGCGAAGCCUCCUGGUUUGAGCAUUACUCGGCGUCUACAGAUCGUUCAUUCCAAUUCCCUCCGGACGUAAUCCGUCUGCAUAUUGAUCACUGCAUCGAAAUGUUAAGGCAGAAUAUUAUGUGCAAUGCCGACACGACGAUGAUGACAUGGCACUGGGUGCAGGGACGUGAAUACCCUCAUGCUAACUUCAACACCCGUCAUCAAUGCAGGAAAUUCGAGAAAAUUAUGGAUUGGUCUACCGAACACGCUAUUCACAUCGAUGAAUCCGAGGUUAUUCGCUUCGAAGAUACGAUUGACCUCCCCAAACCACAUCGUGAUGCAUGAAGAGGAUCACACUGCUUGCCUGCUUGCUCACCCCUCUUGUUCAGGAAUACCAUGGGAGGAUGGCGGUUAUUGGUACUUUGGAAGAACUGUCGCAUUGAGAGUUUAUGAAACGAGCAGGAUAUAGAUUUAUGUGAUCCAGAACGUCAGAAAAGCUUGGAUAUCUAGGCCAAAGGACAAGAAUGAUGCAGCAGAAACGCUUCCUAGACACUUGCUCCCGGAUCAUUCUGUUUCCCAAAGCUACUAAACACACUAGUCGUCGCUGAUCAAUAAUUGAUGUGCGCCAUUGCCUGCUACCCUGGUGCUCUCAACAAAUUCUCACCCAAUGGUGGUUCUCGAGUAGAUCACGAUGUGA